AAAAAGCUUCCAAUUGCUUCAACACAAGCUUCUUCGUCCACACAACCGUUGCUUGAACACUCAUUUCGUCCAUCACUUCAACCUUUUCUUGAACAAUCAGUUCAUCCACCAAAACAACUCUUGAUUAAACCUCAGUCUGACUCUUUCAUUCAUCUUGGCGAGAAAUCAGCAGCGCCACAAUCUCACGAACGGUCGAUUCAACUUCAAUCUUUACCUACAGCUCAAACCAUGGGUAAAGAGACAUCUUUGCCUAUCCAUGCAGCUGGAUCAAGGCCAGAAUCUGAAAACCUAUUAACCAGAAGAGUGAAACAAGCCUGGGAAUUAUGGUAUUACGAAAGGAUUUCAAUAGAAGAAUGUUCAAUUAGAAUGGGAAUCAAACCGAUUUCAGUGGCAAGUUAUAUUGGAAAAGCAGCCAUGAUCAUUAAUGAUUUUCGAUUUAAAGAAAAUGAUGAUCAAAAAGUUAGAUUAAAAGAAUUGAUUGAUCAAUAUGAACUUUGUAAACGGUUUAAAGUUCAAUUAAAUGCUUUUCAUCUUUAGAAUCAUUUCUUUUUUGGGGGGACAAAAGGGUGUUUUGGAUAUGGGGGAAAUGUUUCUUUCUGUAAAGGGAAGGAAUAUUGGAAAUAUUAAGACGCUUUGUUUGCACUUCUAACUUGUAUUUGUAACUCUUCUUAGAUUGUAUACUGGGUAAUGCUUCUUCGUCUAUUUUUUUUUGGAAAUCAUCACGAACGUUUCUCAAUCUAAUUCAAACGAUGUUUAGAUGUAUUUCGAAUUGAUGAAUGGGUUAUCAAAGAGACUAUCACCAU